AUGAUUAUAUUCGUUAUGUCAAAUGGAAUGCUAAAAUAUACUUCUGUUAGUAUAAAAAAGCCUUUAAGCAAACUAAAACCGGGAAAUGUUUUUGGGCCUACUGAGGAAAUAUCAAGUUCUCAAACUUCUGUAAGAAAAAAGAUUCAAUGGCCUGAUUCAUUGAAAGAAUUUGUUGGGAGGUGUUUUGAAAAUUGUUCCGACAAAGAUAGGCCUUUUAUAGAAAAAGAACUUAAAGAGAUUAUUACUAAGGCUUUUGAAGACGAUACUGUUUUUUCUAUUGAUUGGAAUAAAAUUGAGCUAAAUACUCUUAAAAAGGAAAGAAAGCAGUCUAAUGAAUAUUUUCAGAAAAGUAAAAUGAAUAAAGUGAAAGUUGAACGAUCUGACCUUAAUACUUUUAGAGUAUUAGAAGAUGAACAUCAAAAAGAGAAAAGAAUUAAGAGAUUUGAGGAAAAGAACAUAGCUAAAAUUUCAAAUGAGACAUUAAAUGUUGAUAUAUGUUCUCAUCAUUCUGAUGUAAUUGAUUGGGAUGAACAUACUAUAGUUGGAAGGUCUCAACAGUUAGAAAAAAAAUAUUUGCGUCUUACUUCAGCACCUGAUCCUGAAACAGUUCGACCUUUAUCUGUAUUAAAAAAGACUUUGGAAUUUUUGAAGACUAAAUGGAAAGAAGAAAAUAAUUAUCUUUAUAUAUGUGAUCAAUUUAAAUCAUUAAGACAAGAUCUUACUGUACAAAGAAUUAAAAAUGAUUUUACUGUAAUGGUAUAUGAAAUUCAUGCUCGAAUAGCUCUUGAAAAGGGUGAUUUAGGAGAAUAUAAUCAGUGUCAGACACAGCUUUUUUCAUUAUAUAGUUAUAAUCUUCCUGGUCACCCUGAUGAAUUUUUAGCCUAUCGUAUUCUUUACCUUUUACAUACACGAAAUAAAUCAGAUAUUCAUGAAAUACUUUUGAAACUUAGUGAAAAAGAAAGAAAAAAUAAAGCAAUAAAACAUGCUUUGGAUGUAAGAGCUGCACUUGGAACGUCUAAUUAUCAUUUAUUGUUUAAAUUAUAUUUAAAUGCACCAAAUAUGGGAGGUUAUUUAAUGGAUCGUUUUGUAGAAAGAGAAAGGGUUAUUGCUUUAUGCAAGAUGUUUAGAGCAUAUCGACCAAGUUUAAGUUUGAAAUUUUUAUGUCAAGAGUUAUCAUUUGAGAAUGAAUCUGAAUGUUUUGAAUUUUUAAUGGUACGAUGUAAUAAGGAUGUUUUUAUACGUGAUGAGGAAAGUAAAUUUUUACAUAUCAAUACUAAAGAUGCUCUUGAAUAUUUUGAACAAGCUAGAUUGAAGAAUAAAGUUAUUGAUAUUAAAGGGCAAUUAUAA